AUGUCCGCCGCCCCUGAAACACCAUCUGAGAGCUAUGAGAUCAAUGGCUCUUGCCACUGCGGGGCAAUCAAAUUCAAGGCCAAUAAUGUGGAUCUAGGCAAGGUUGGAAGGUGCAACUGCACGAUCUGUACCGCCACUGGGAAGCUCGGUACGAUGCUCAAACCCGGCGAUAUCUCAGUUACCAAUACCCCUUCUGGCGAACCAGUAGUCGCCAGAUACGCAAACACUACCGACACCUCGCUCUUCCCCCCGGAGCUAACUUACUACUCUCCAGCUUAUCACCGCGGGGAGUGUAAGAAGGGCGAAGAGUGGGGCCGCCACUUCUUCUGCAAAACAUGCAGUACUAACCUCUUUAUCGUCGGGAACAUCCCAGUCAAUAAUAUCGGCGAAAUCUUGAGUGUAAAUGUUUUGGCAUUGGACUUGAAGGGUUUAGGGAAGGAUUUGAAAGAGGUGGUCAGGCCGGAGAAGAUGAGAUAUGUUAAUGGGUUGGAUAAUACCUUCACGGCCAGUCAAGGUGAGCCUCAUGCGCAUGGUCUUUGGUAA